GAGGAGGAAGACUCCACAUCUGUUCCACGCAGUCGGUUUUGGAGCUUUGCAGGCUCUUUGCAUGUCAUCAUGGACAAUGCUGUGGUCUGGAACGUCACGCCAAGCCUCUGCCGGUACUGCGGACUUAAACACAAGUGAUGCUUGGACUUCUUAAAGAAGAGAUGGAAGUCGGCGGUGCUGGACCACGUCACAUAAAUGGGACGCGGCGAGGGAUGCUGAUGAUGCUCCCGUGGAUUAUCCUCUGCACUUCUCUGUGGAUGGUGGUGAACGGCCAGAUGAAGAUCUCCCCGGAGACUGUGCAAAAGUGGGCUGUGACCUUUGGUAAAGAGAUAGCGGCGCUCUCCACCAAAUACUCCGGAGCUAAACUGCUACAAAAAAAAUAUAAGGACGUGGAAGGCGUGCUGAAGAUUGAGGAGGUGGAUGGCGAGGAACUGGUGAAGAAGUUUGCAGAGGAGAUGGAGGAGAUGCUCGGGAGGAAGAUGAAAUCUGUCAAGAGGUUAGCAGAAGCAGCAGAGGAAGCUGAUCUUUACCACGAGUACAAUGAUACGCUGGAGUUUGAAUACUACAAUUCAAUGUUAAUCAACAUGGUAGACGAGGACGGCAAUUCGCUGCCUCUGGGAGGAGAAUUCCCCUUGGAGGCCAAUGAACACUUCAGCAAACUGCCUGUCAGCACGCAGCAAAGCAACAUCCAAGUCCCUACCAACGUCUACAACAGAGAUCCAGACAUCCUCAAUGGGGCGUACAUGUCGGAGGCUCUGAAUGACGUGUUCAUAGACAACUUCCAGAAGGAUCCCACGCUUACCUGGCAGUACUUCGGCAGCUCUAGCGGCUUCUUCAGGCUCUACCCGGGGAUCCAGUGGAUCCCAGACGAAAACGGGGUGGUCACAUUCGACUGUAGGAACAGAAACUGGUACAUCCAGGCGGCCACCUCCCCUAAAGAUGUGGUCAUUGUGGUGGAUGUGAGCGGCAGCAUGAAAGGACUCAGACUCACCAUUGCCAAACACACCAUCAACACAAUACUGGACACGCUGGGAGAGAACGACUUUGUCAACAUCAUCGCUUAUAGCGACUACGUUCGCUACGUGGAACCGUGCUUCAAGGGAACUUUGGUACAAGCUGAUCUGGAUAACAGAGAGCAUUUCAAGCUCCUGAUUGAUGAGCUCCAUGUGAAAGGAGAGGGCAAAGUGAAGAAUGCGAUGAAAGAGUCGUUCAAGAUCCUCAAUGAGGCUGCAGCCCUCGGCCAGGGCAGCCUGUGCAACCAGGCCAUCAUGCUGAUCACAGACGGCGCCAUGGAGGACUUCCAGGACGUUUUUGAAGAGUUCAACUGGCCAGAUCGGCGGGUUCGAGUGUUCACUUAUCUGAUUGGACGAGAGAUGACGUUUGCUGAAAAUGUCAAAUGGAUCGCCUGCAAUAACAAAGGUUACUACACGCACGUCUCCACGCUGGCCGACGUGCAAGAAAACGUCAUGGAGUACCUGCACGUUCUCAGCAGACCCAUGGUCAUUAACCACGACCAUGACAUCAUUUGGACUGAGGCCUACAUGGACAGUGUGCUGUUCAACAGCCAAGCUCAGAGUUUGCUCCUGAUGACCUCGGUGGCCAUGCCGGUGUUCAGCAAAAAAAAAGAGACCCUGACUCAUGGAAUUUUACUGGGAGUUGUUGGGACGGACGUCGCACUAAGAGAACUGAUGAGAUUAGCGCCCAGAUACAAGCUGGGUGUCCACGGUUAUGCCUACCUCAUCACAAACAAUGGCUACAUCUUGUCUCAUCCUGACCUCCGGCCUCUGUACAAAGAAGGGAAGAAGCUGAAGCCCAAACCCAAUUAUAACAGCGUCGACUUGUCCGAGGUGGAAUGGGAGGACAUGGAGGAGAUGCUAAGGACAGCCAUGGUCAAAGGAGAAACUGGUACCCUGUCCUUAGAUGUGAGGACUUCAGUGGAUAAAGGAAAACGAGUGAUGUUCCUAAAAAAUGAUUACUUCUACACCAGCAUCAAUGAGACACCUUUCAGUCUUGGCAUAGUGCUGACCAGAGACAAUGGACAGUAUAUAUUCAUUGGAAAUGUAUCUGUUGAAGAGGGUCUUCAUGAUUUACUUGCACCUGAUUUGACCAUAGCCAGUGAAUGGACCUACUGUGAGACCGACAUUGACCCGGCACAUCGUAAGCUCAGCCAGCUGCAGGCUGUGGUCAGAUACCUAACGGGCAAAGAACCAGACCUAGAGUGUGACGUGCAGCUCUUGCAGCAAACCUUAUUUGACGCAGUGGUGACGGCGCCAAUGGAAGCUUACUGGACGGCCCUCAUGCUCAAUCCAGCUGGUAUGGAUGAGGGCAUGGAAACAGCCUUCCUGGGCACUCGUUCAGGCCUGAUGAGGUUCCAGCGAUACAGUGGCAUUGAAAAGAGAGUUGGCAAGUCUUUCCUGACUUCCAUGGACAAGGAGAACAUGUUCACGCUGGAUCACUUCCCACUGUGGUAUCGCCGUGCAGCCGAGUACCCUGCUGGACAGUUUCUGUACUACAUGCCCCGACAGGAGACCAGAGACAUGUUCAGGGACUAUGAUGCUGACUAUAGCGCCACCUUGAGCGCAGAGGACAUGGAACACCGAGCGGAGGAGGGAGGGGGAAUACAGAGGGAGGAGGAGGAGGAGGAGGCUGGAAGGAUCGUGAUCGCCACCACUGCCAUCACUGUGUCAGUGGGCAAGAGAACAGCCAUCGCUGGAGCUAUUGGUGUUCAGAUGACUCUGGAGGUGAUGGAGUCCAAGUUUUGGGCCAUUGCAUCACAGGCAAACGACACAGAUUGCUCGGCUGUGGAGGGAGUGUGUCCUCUUCGCUGUGACGGCUUUGAUAUGGAUUGUUACGUGAUUGACAAUAAUGGAUUUGUCCUUAUUUCCAAACGGAGAAAGGACGCGGGAAGGUUCUUUGGCGAAGUUGACGGCUCAGUGAUGACCACACUCAUACGAAUGGGAAUGUUCAAAAGGGUGUCUCUGUUUGACUACCAGGCCAUGUGCAAGAUGAACAUUCACUCCAUCAGCGGAGCCCGGCCGCUUCUUAGCUCAUUUUAUGGAUUGGCAUCCGCCCUCAAGUGGUUCCUCUCCAACUUCCUCCUCUUUCUCCUUGAGUUCAACAUUUGCGGAUUCUGGCACACGGAGCAUUUUGCAGACGGCAAGCCAUCCUCUAGCACGUCGUACAUACACAAGAAGAAGGGGGACAUCCUGCAGCCGUGUGACACAGAGUACCCCAGCUUCGUCUAUGAGCCGUCGGUCAAAGAGACCAACAGUAUCAUUAAGUGUGGACGCUGCCAGAAGCUGUUUGUGGUGCAGCAGAUCCCGGAGAGCAACCUGCUGAUGCUGGUGGUCCAGGCCGACUGUGACUGCUCCAAACAGCACCCGUCCAUCACCAUGGAGCCCAAAGAAGUCAAAUAUAUCUCCUCAGUCAAAUGUGAGCGGAUGCGAUCCCAGAAGAUCCGCCGCCGGCCCGAGUCCUGCCAUGCUUACCACCCUCAGGAGAACGCAAACGACUGUGGAGGAGCGUCCGCAGCGUCCCUUUCUGCCUUGCUGGUCCUUCUUUGUCCCCCAGUCGCCAUGUUCCUCUCGCCAUGGUGACCCAUCCUGUUGCCGGACACCACAAGUGGAUUUAUUUUGUAUGUCUCAGUGUGCGUUCACACUGGUCGUGUUUGCUUGUGUUAAAAGGAAGUCCGGUGGUUGGGUUGGUCUCACUUGUGCUCAAAUGUAAACCACCAAAGACUCAAUCAGUGUUAAAUCACAGCAAAAAGCAGAGAUGGUAAAUAUGUAAGAACAUGUGUUGGAAGUGCACCGAAAUGCGCUCAGAACCACAAGUCUGAAUGCAUUUUUGACGUUGUUUUGGUUAACUACAGUGAAAUUGGCUGCUGUUGCCAUGGUCACCACUCCAUUAGUUACCUUCCUUGCAUGUCAAAGUGGAAACGAAGGAGAAGCAAGUGGCUGCUGUAACUCACGGUGAUGAAUUAUGAAUCACAUGAGCGAAUGUAAUGACUUUCUGAUAUACCUUCACUCCACUUAGAGUUGCAUAUGGCCGCGCUAUUCUAAAUACAGUAUAUGUGCAUCUCAAUAAAUGUAAUAGUCUUGGAAAGUUAUUUGAGGUCAGUAGUUCAAUUCAGAUUACUCGACCAAGUCAACUAAUUGUCCUAGUCUAGGAAAUACUGAAUGUUUUUUUUAUAGCUGUAAAGUAGGGGUGUCCCGACUCCCGAUCCGAUAUUGAUCUAAUAUCAUCAAAAAAUACUGAUUUGGGAUUAUAUAAGCCUGCAUCUAAAACGUCAGAUAUAAGAACUGCGAUAGUAGCAGUCUAAUUGCUCUUCUUGCUGGCUUAGCAGACUGAUAACAUCGUGUCUUCAUUUGAGAGCAUUUUACUUCAAAGCACUGUAAAAGUGAACACAGAAAUAAAGUAUGUCAUAACGUACAUGGGAUACUAACUAGCUUCUCUGUGACAUUCCAACACAAAAGAAAUGCAUUAAAGCACAUUAGCUAGCUUGAUGCUAAUUUACAUUGGCUAUGCCAUAGACAUGCUACUAAUUAGCAUUAGCGAUUUUACAUGGUGAUUUCAACACAUUUGUUAAUGAAAACUACAACUAUGAUGCACGUUACAAUCAAACAGCUGGUGUGUAAUAAGUUCAAUACUUACUUACUCAACAAAGACUAAAUGGGCCCAUUUAAAUUAAGACUACUUUCUGACUAUGGCAGCACACCUCGGACAAACUGAAAUUAAUGCUUUAAAUCAUUCUCAGAAGUGGAAUUAAAACUAAAUACAACAACUAGUUUGCAGUCCAUUCCAGACUCUGAUCUGAUCUCUGAUUCUGUCCAGCAUGCAGAGCCCACGUGAUCACAACAUAUCACUUGAUCAAUACUUCUAUAACAUUACACGCUAAAAAAUAAGUCAAAAGUAUAUGUUAUUUGUGGUGAUAUCAGAUCAAAAUAGGUAUCGGCAAAUGGUCAAGGCUGCAACAUCGGAAUAAUAGAAAAGCGCUAUAUAAAUCUAAUCCAUUAUUAUUAUCAUUAUUAUAAAAAAAAAAUUAGCAUUAUCCUUACUGUAAACUCUGUAAUGUGUUAUAUUUAAUAGCUGAGGGUUUUACUUUUUUUAAUUGAACUACUGAAAUUCACUUUUCAAAGAUAUUCUACUGUAUUGAGAUGCUUCUCUCUAUAUAUGGAUUUAUAAAUAAUUCCUUGGUUCGCUUAUCAAAUUAAAUGGUCACUCACAACAAACAUUUGUUACCCUUUAAAUUAACAGUUUAAAUCUAACUACAUGUGGUAUUUUUGUACAUUUCUACUCGUUUCAUAUGCUUUUCUCCGCCCUGUUGCAUGUUUACCUCAAAUUCCCUGACUGUUGACCCAUCUUUAUUGCUUAAACCAUCAAACAUAUUCAUUCAUAUUUUUGUCCUUCAAACUUCACACUAUUGUUUGUGUCUAGACUGUACACUGAUGAACAAAGCCAUUAUUUAUACAUUAAAUUAUCUCCAUGUUUUGUACUGUCUAGUGUCUGUGUGAGUUGAUUUAGGUUGGUAUCAUUUGAAGAUGACGAGAUAA